ACCUCCCCAUCCUCCGAAAACCCAGGGAGAGAGAGACGGUGGGGUGGAGUCCGGAAACAUGGCCCAGAUCUAACAUCCCUGCAGAAACACAGGCUUCUAACUCCUUUAUUUACAUCACUACAAGCUGCGGAUAUUAUUCCUGAUAUUACAUAUUUUCUAUCUGGAUUGAAUCUACACAUUUAACCGAAGAUGUCUCGGGGAGUGAUCCAGCCCAGCCAGCAGAAACUGGCCGAAAAGCUGACCAUCCUGAACGACCGAGGCGUCGGGAUGCUCACCCGGGUUUACAAUAUCAAAAAGCAAGGACAAGUUUGGAAGGCGUGUGGCGACCCCAAAGCCAAGCCCUCCUACCUGGUGGAUAAGAACCUGGAGUCUGCCGUCAAAUUCAUCGUCAGGAAGUUCCCCGCCGUGGAGACGCGCAACAAUAACCAACAGUUGGCUCAGCUGCAGAAAGAGAAAUCGGAGAUCUUGAAGAACCUCGCUCUCUACUACUUCACCUUCGUAGACGUCAUGGAGUUCAAGGACCAUGUGUGUGAGCUGCUGAACACCAUCGACGCCUGCCAGGUGUUCUUCGACAUCACGGUGAACUUUGACCUCACUAAGAACUACCUGGAUCUGGUGGUGACCUACACGACUCUGAUGACCAUCCUGUCGCGAAUCGAAGAGAGAAAAGCCAUCAUCGGACUCUACAACUACGCUCACGAGAUGACGCACGGAGCCAGUGAUCGGGAAUACCCCAGGCUGGGUCAGAUGAUCGUGGACUACGAGAAUCCUCUGAAGAAGCUGAUGGAGGAGUUUGUUCCUCACGGGAAGUCUCUGUCGGAUGCGCUGAUCAGUCUUCAGAUGGUUUACCCUCGCAGGAACCUGUCAGCUGAUCAGUGGAGGAACGCCCAGCUGUUGUCUCUGAUCUCUGCUCCGUCAACCAUGCUCAACCCCGCCCAGUCAGACACUAUGCCGUGUGAAUAUCUGUCUCUGGACGCUAUGGAGAAGUGGAUCGUUUUCGGCUUCAUCCUCUGCCACUCGGUGCUGAACACCGACGCCACGGCUCUUUCUCUGUGGAAGCUGGCUCUGCAGAGCUCCACCUGCCUCUGCCUCUUCAGAGACGAGGUAUUCCACAUCCACAAGGCUGCAGAGGACCUGUUCGUCAACAUCAGAGGGUACAACAAACGCAUCAAUGACAUCAGAGAGUGCAAGGAGCAGGCUCUGUCUCAUGCAGGCUCAAUGCACCGAGAGAGGCGUAAAUUCCUCCGAUCGGCGCUGAAGGAACUCGCCACUGUGUUAGCCGACCAGCCAGGACUGCUGGGCCCUAAGGCGUUGUUCGUGUUCAUGGCGUUGUCGUUCGCUCGAGACGAGAUCAUCUGGCUUCUGCGACACGCCGACAACAUCCAGAAGAAAAGCACAGACGACUUCAUCGACAAACACAUAGCAGAGCUGAUCUUCUACAUGGAGGAGCUCCGAGCUCACGUCAGGAAGUACGGCCCGGUGAUGCAGAGAUACUACGUCCAGUAUCUGUCUGGCUUCGAUGCCGUGGUGCUGAACGAACUGGUGCAGAACCUGUCUGUGUGUCCAGAGGACGAGUCCAUCAUCAUGUCUUCAUUCGUCAACACGAUGACUUCCCUCAGCGUCAAACAAGUGGAGGAUGGAGAGGUGUUUGACUUCAGAGGCAUGAGGCUGGACUGGUUCAGACUGCAGGCGUACACCAGUGUGUCUAAAGCCAGUCUGGGCAUCUCUGAUCACAAAGAGCUGGGGAAGAUGAUGAACACCAUCAUCUUCCACACCAAGAUGGUGGACUCUCUGGUGGAGAUGCUGGUGGAGACAUCAGACCUGUCCAUCUUCUGUUUCUACAGCCGAGCGUUUGAGAAGAUGUUCCAGCAGUGUUUGGAGCUUCCCUCUCAGAGCCGACACUCCAUCUGCUUCCCUCUCCUCUGCACACACUUCAUGUCCUGCACACACGAGCUGUGCCCCGAGGAGCGUCACCACAUCGGCGACCGCAGCCUCUCGCUGUGCAACAUGUUUCUGGACGAGAUGGCCAAGCAGGCGAGAAACCUGAUCACUGACAUCUGUACUGAGCAAUGCACACUGAGUGACCAGCUGCUUCCCAAACAUUGUGCUAAGACCAUCAGCCAGGCGGUGAAUAAAAAGAGUAAGAAGGCGACGGGAAAGAAAGGAGAACCGGAGAGAGAGAAACCGGGCGUGGAGAGCAUGAGGAAGAACCGUCUCCUCGUCACCAAUCUGGACAAACUGCACACGGCUUUAUCUGAGCUCUGCUUCUCCAUCAACUACGUUCCUAACCUGGCCGUCUGGGAGCACACCUUCACCCCCCGAGAGUACCUGACCUCUCACCUGGAGAUCCGCUUCACCAA